AUGGAAUCGAAUAAUCAAGAAGGUCGAAUACUUUUAGCUAUCGAAGCUAUCAAUAAAGACCAAAAAUUAAGCAUUCGGAAGGCUGCUAAGCUAUAUAAUAUCCUGUGUACAAAGAUUCAGCGCAGAAUGGACGGUACUACCCCUUGUAUCGAAUCUCGAGCAAAUAAUCAUAAUUUGACCAAAUUAGAAGAGGAAGUGCUUAUCCAAUUAGUAUCGAAUAUGCAGGCGAAAUAUGGUAUUGUCGAUUCUGAUUUCUAUAAUUUCGACGAAACCGGCUUCAUGAUGGGUAUAAUAUGCCUUGGAAUAGUUGUAACUAGUGCUGAACGAAAUGGUAGAAGCAAGGCAAUACAACCAGGCAAUUGA